AUGGAAGAAAUUAAAGAAGCACUGCAAAACAAUGAACUGCUGCUAGCUGCUGAAAAGAUCCAGAAGUAUUUGGACAAAUGUAAUAAUACUCCACUGAACAUUGCAAUCACAGGAGAGUCUGGUUCUGGUAAAUCCACCUUUGUGAAUGCUCUCAGAGGCAUAGACAACAGGGAUGAGAGAGCUGCCCCUACUGGUCCUGUAGAGACCACCAAAGAGGCUACACCUUACCCCCAUCCAAACUAUCCCAAUGUUAAAUUAUGGGAUCUCCCUGGUAUUGGCACCACCAGUUUUCCUGCUGAUAAGUAUCUGGAGCAUGUUGGAUUUGAGAAGUUUGACUUCUUCAUCAUCAUCUCAGUUGAUCGCUUCAGAGAAAAUGAUGUGAAGCUCGCUCAGGAGAUUCAGAAGAUGGGAAAACAAUUCUACUUUGUUCGCUCAAAGAUCGAUAAUAACUUACGUGAUGAGGAAAGAAGUCAGAGGGAGUUCAAUAAGGAAACAACCCUGGCAAAAAUCAAAGAAAACUGCAUUAAAGGUCUUCAAAAUCUAGGUGUUGAGGCUCCACAGGUCUUCCUGGUGUCCAGCUUUGAUCUCCACCUGUAUGAUUUCCAUCUGUUAGAGGAGACCUUAGAGAGAGAACUUCCUGAUCACAAGAAAGACAUUCUGCUGUUGGCUGUGCCCAAUGUCAGCAUGGAGAUCAUAAACAAGAAGAAAGAGACUUUGAAGUCAAAAAUAAAAUACUAAUCCUUACUAUCUGCAGGAGUAGGAGCUGCACCACUUCCUGAGACUUCUUUAGUUGUUCAAAUAGACAUCAUAGUUGGUGUUGUUACACAAUACAUACAUACGUUUGGUCUUGAUAUCCCAUCACUGAAGAGACUUGCUCAAAUCACAAGAGUGCCAUUUAAGGAUCUGAUCAAUGUCAUCAUUUCACCAUUGGCUGCAAAAACAAUAACCACUGAUCUCAUCAUAAAGGUGUUACGGAGUUUAGGCAGCACAGUUGCAUUAAUCGCAGGAGAGGAAGGGUCCAUACACAUUGCAUUAUUAGGAAUCCCACCAGCCAUAACCUUCUCUUUUACUUCGACCUACAGAAUUCUGAGUACUUUCCUCGACAUGCUUGCUGACGAUGCACAGAGAGUGUUUGAGAAGGCCCUGGGUCUAAAUACCUCAGUGUGA